GUGUUAGAGGUGAUGGCUGCCAAGAUGGCCGGCACGAUGAACGAAGUUAUAAGGUUGUUGAGUGAGUUAUCUCUCUCUGAUGACCCCAAGAAGCAGCUGAUAAACUUGAAGGCGACGCUCAUGCCAUUAACGACCUCGCGGCUUCAUGGCUUGCCUAAAAAUUUGGAGCUCAAUGCCCUCUUUGACAGCAUAAACAGCUCUGACAGUGAACAGGUUGAAUUAGCUGUUGAUGUACUGGGCCAGCUGCUACCUCUUGUAUGUGCCCAGGAAGUUGUAGAACGGUUCAGUGCUGAGCUCUUGCGCGGCCUGAACCAUCCACACGAAAAAGUUCGCAUCUUAGUUCUGAAGCAAGUGUUGAUAUGCACGGAGAAAGAUAAAAUGGAAAUAGCUGCAGUAAUAACUAAUCAUAGUCUACUAUUAGGAGUCAUCAGAUGCCUUGGAGACAAAUCUCUUGGAGUGAUCAAAAUUGCCACAGAUGUUUUAGUUAAAAUCUGCAGUCAGGAUACUGGGUUGAAGGCUGUGUUUUCCAAUGAAUGUGUUACUGUCAUGCAAGACGUGAUGGCAGUAUCCGACUCUUGCAGGUUUGCUGUUUAUGAGUUUGUGGUCCAAGUGUGUCUACUAGGAGACACAUCAAUGGGUUUGGUGUCUAACCUGGGGCUACUCGAGCGCCUAGCUGUAGAAGUUACGACAGGUGAUGUCCUCACACAACUGAAUGCUUUGGAGCUGCUCACUACUCUAGCUCUGAAUCCCAGUGGAAUGGUUCUCUUAGAUCGGGUGGGAGUAAUUGCAAAACUUCAGUACCUUUUGUCACUUGCUGAGACAGACCCCAUGGCUGCACUCCUUAUGCCAGGAUUGAUAAAGUUCUUCGGAAAUGUGGGCCAUUCUCGACCCCGACAGAUGGUUCAGGAAUAUGGUUCUGUGGUUUUGAUGGUCCUUCAUCUAGCAUCAGGAUCCUUAGAUUUAGGUGAUGCCACACUGCAGAUAAUAGCCGUUCAAACAGUGGCGCAUAUUGGAAGCUCUCCAGAGGGAAAGUUUGCACUCGCUAAGUUCAAGGCAGAAAUGGAUGAAGUUUUGGAUGUGAUGGGGUCAAAAAUGCGUGUGGCACCCACUGAGCAGCGAGUGAGUGUUCUAGACUCUCUGAGCCAGCUGUUCUCAGUGCCGGAUGAUAUAGAGGAGAAAAAAGAGCCAUGAAGUUUGGUGUUCCUAGAAUAUAGCAUGAACCCACUGAUCACUCAACCAACUGUUACUUCUGUCUGGUGGAUCCUUCCAAACACCGAACUGGAAAAAAAUGCACCUGCUGUUUUACAUCCAGACCUUCCCUCUUCUAUUGCACCAGUACCACACAGUGCUGAUCUUCCUGUACCUACACCUCCACAAAGAAGUCAACCAUCAGAAGAAGAACAGCAGCAAAUCAGAAAAUGAAGAUGCAGCUGUUGGGAGGAAUCCUUACUACCCAAACCAAACAGACCUCAAUGAACUUAUCAGAGAUCUUGGUUUGACAAAGUCAAAUGCUGAGCUUUUGAUUUCAAGGCUCAAAGAGUGGGACUUGGUGAAUGAAAGUGUGCAAGUGACAAGCCAAAGAAAACGUCACCAACAUUUCUCAAGCUUCUUCGCUAAUGAAGACAGGUUGUGCUACUGUGAUGAUGUUUCAGGCCUGUUUGAUGCAGCUGGAAUUGCAUGCAAUCCAGAUGAGUGGAGACUUUUCAUUGACAGCUCCUCCAGAAGCCUCUGCACAAUGGGAACAAGUAUCCAUCUCUUACCUUGGCUCAUUCAGUGCAUCUUAAGGAGGACUGCAACAGUGUCAAACUUUUACUGGAAGCUUUAAACUAUGAUUAGUAUGGCUGGGAGGUUAUUGGAGACUUCAAAACGGUGGCAUUUUUUAUGGGACUCCAAGGAGGUUUUACCAAGUUUCCCUGUUAUCUCUGUCAUUGGGAUAGUAGAGACAGAGUAGCACAUUACCAGAGGAAGCACUGGCCUCAAAGGACUGAGUUCUCAGUUGGAAGACAUAUCAAACACAAACCAUUGGUGGAUUCUCAAAAGGUUCUAUUCCCUCCAGUACACUUGAAACUAGGGCUAAUGAAACAGUUUGCUACAGUUCUUGACAAAGAGUCUGUAGCUUUCAAGUAUCUUCAAGACUUUCCCAAGCUAUCAGAGGCAAAGGUGAAGGCAUCUGGACCACAAGUCAGGAAAAUCCGGGAGUGCUCAGAAUUUCCAAAGAAGCUCACAAGAGAAGGGAAAGGAAGCCUGGGAGAGUUUUGUCGUUGUAGCACAAACUUUCUGGGCAACAACAAGGCUGACAGUUAUGUGGAACUUGUUGAGACCUUGGUAAAAAGAUAUGGUCAGAUGGGCUGUAGGAUGUCCCUAAAGGUCCAUAUUUGAUGCUCAUCUUGACAAUUUCCAGGAGAAUAUUGGAGCAUACUCAGAGGAGCAGUAGGAGCGUUUCCACCAAGAUAUAAUGGACUUUGAACACAGAUAUCAGGGAUCUUAUAAUGAAAACAUGAUGGGAGACUGUAUUUGGGGGCUUAAACGGGAAAGUGAUUUGUUGCAUGC